AUGGCCACUUCCGCUGGCCCCCAAGCUGCCAAGAUGGCAGACCCAGUCUAUAUUACCACUGGUGCCGGUCCUACCUCCGGAAAGCCUUCUGCUUCGCCCAAUAACCAAGAAGAAGAUGAGGACGAAGAACACAUGGAUGUCGCCUUUAUCCAGGGGUUUGCAGACAAGAUUCAGCGCAUCCCAGUAGAGCUCCUUGAUGGCGUUGAAAGGUCGCGGCCAAAGAUCAUCAUUCCCAAGCGGGGCGAAAAGGACUUCGAGCCGCUGCAAGAGACGGUCAACCUGCAGGAAAUGAUGCUCCAGAAGAGCAGGCAGGCUCUUUUUGAUGCGCUGGAAGGUGUUCGUGGUGUAUCUGGCAAGGCUCUGUCGCAUGCCGUCGUCACUCCAUCAUCGCCUUAUCCUCAGCUAUUGGUUUCACGAGGACAUGUCCUCGACUCCCUUGGCAUUACUGUCCGUCGCACCCCUCCGUUUGGGUCUUCAAUAAAGCCAGUAUCGCGCGUCGAGUUGCUCCCCGAGGAGGUCCUGUACUUGGUGGAACGUGGUACACUUCAGCUGUGGAACGGUUGCGACCCGCAGACUGAAGACGAAGUUGCUGCUGGAGUUGGGGCCUGGUGUGACGAGGAGUUUGGAGUGAAGGGGGCAGUGGAGAUGAGUGUUCUUGAGGCGUUCGGCGCAUUCAUGGGCCAAGAUGGCCUGACAUGGCAGCGCUAUCAGGCGUACGCCUACCUGAAACGAUUGGGCUACACCGUCCAACGUACACGCCAGUUUAUUCCUCAGCACUUCCUUGCCACUACCUCUCCCCAAGCACCGGCUCCCAGAGUCGACCUUUUGGCAGUCUUCCGCCAGCUGCCACAGCAGGUGCUGCAGGUGUUGAGGCAAGCUUGGACGACCGUGACCGACGUAGUGUUCAGCCUUGGCUCUCAAAAGCCAGAUUAUGUCGUGGCAGUUGUCGAGUCUCGAAACACUGCCAUGCCGACGUUGACGCAAUUGGAUGAGGUGUUCCGCAUGCUCCCAGACGAGCCUAGGGGACCUACUCGGCGUGUCGGCCCACAGUACGAGCAGAAGCGCCGCAAUGUUCGCCCGAAGACUGCUGUCGAGAACAGCUCUUCGGGGGCCUUCAAAUGGCUUCCGUCGUGGCUGCUUCGUGCCAAGCCUGCAGCCCCCACUCCCAGCGGCAAUGCCCUCAACUCGCUCAGAAAUGGAGACCGCGCCCUCAUUGUGGCCGUUAAUGAUUCUGGGAACACUGGGUGGGUGCGGUUUGGCCGCACUGGCUUUGAGAAUUGGGCCAUGAUGUAG